AUUCUACAAUCCCAUUAACCAGCAGGACGACAAUUAUCACUCAAAACACAUUCUCAAACUAGUCAAUACUUAUACUUCCCCCUAUAGCAACCUUCCUUUCACGUUACAGCAUUAUCAAGAAAUGGAAAUAGCAAAAGUUGGUGGCAUGACUUUUCUUGUUUUAACAAUGAUGAUGACAACUCUUCUUCCAUCACAAACCGAAGCUUUAAUGCCAUAUACACGUCCAAUCUGGGACUUAAUGUUCCCACAAGAUGACCCUUUUAAAAUUCUUGAACAAACCCCACUUACAAUUCCUAAAGGAAUUGAUCAAACAAUCGCUUUAGCUCGUUCAGAUUGGAAAGAAACAGCAAAAGAACAUAUAAUUUCUCUUGACAUUCCGGGGAUGAGAAAGGAGGAUAUUAAAGUAGAGGUUGAAGAAAACAGAGUGUUGAGAAUUAGUGGGGAAAGGAAAACAGAGGAGGAAGUUGAAGGUGAAAAAUGGCACAGAGCUGAGAGAACUUCUGGAAAGUUCUGGAGACAAUUUAGGCUUCCUAAAAAUGCUGAUUUGGAACACAUUAAAGCUCAUAUGGAAAAUGGGGUGUUGAAGAUUACUGUUCCAAAAUUGGCUGAGGAGAAGAAAGAGGCUAAGGUGAUUAGUAUUUCUGAGGAAGGGAAUGCCGCUGAAGAUAUUAAAGCUACUAAAGCUGCAAUGUAAACAAGUGCACAUGUGAUAUUUUGUUUAAGAUCUUUUGUUUUUUCCCCAUCGCCUUUGUUGUUGUGAGUUAAUUUAGUUUCUGUGAAUGAAACUUAUGUCAUGUAUCCAUUUUCUGUAUGUAAUUUAAUGUCGUACGAAAAAUAUGAUCAGUGUAAUAGAUUGUUUUUCUGUAAGUGUAAGAUCAAAUUAAUAAAAGAGUUGAUUCAGUGUAAGAUUA